AUGGCUUAUGCGAGUUUCAUUCUCAGUGCUUUCAUUUUUAUCUUUCUUUCUUUGAACUACAUUUCCAAUGCUGAAACUGAUACACUCAGACAAGGCGAGCAGCUUCGCGACUGGGAGCAGCUAAUUUCUGCUGGAGGGGUCUUCAAGCUAGGAUUCUUUAACCCAAACCCAGGAUAUUCACCUGAUCUUGGUCCUUCAGGUCCUCGCCAUUUGGGAAUAUGGUUUAACCAAAUACCAUAUUACUCAGUCUGGGUAGCCAACCGCCAAAACCCAGUUCCUGAUUCAUCAGGAGCUUUAACCAUUGAUAAAGAUGGCAAAUUAAAAAUUACAUUCCAACAAGGUGGGCUGAUAGUUAUAAAUCCUGAUAUGGCUGAAAAGAAUAUAUCAGGUGGCAAUUUUACUGUUACUCUGCUAGAUUCAGGAAAUCUAGUUGUUCGACAGGUUAAUUCUGACGGCUUUACAGGAUCUGUUAUUUGGCAGAGUUUUGAUUACCCACAUAAUAUAUUCUUGCCUGGAAUGAAAUUAGGAAUGAAUUUAAAGACUGGUAAGAAUUGGACACUUACAUCUUGGUUAAGUGAAAAAAAUCCUUCUCCUGGAGCCUUCAGGCUUGGGUUAGACCCAAAUGGAGCUAACCAGCUAAUUAUUUGGAGGCGAGAUAGUCGUUAUUGGUCAAGUGGGGUUUGGGUAAAUGGGAGCUUUGAAUUAGCACCUCAACUGACUAAAAGAAAUGAUAUUUAUGACUUCAGGUUUUUUGAAAAUGAGGAUGAGAAGUACUUCUCCUAUUCUGUUAAAAACAAGUCAGUUUUAUCUAGAUGGAGUUUCGACACAAUUGGUGAAAUUGAAGUUUUCACUUUGGAUAAGAGAGGUGAUUAUAGUACUUGGAUAUUCGAAUCUGUCGGACCGUGCCAGAACGGGUUUAAUUCAUCUGCAGUUUGUUUAACAGAAAAGCCUAACAAGUGCAGGAAUGAUCUGGAUGUGUUUGUGCCAAAGAGAGCAUAUGUUGAGAAUGAUGAGAGGUUCUUUUAUUAUGAUUCUGAUUUGAGUUUGGGUGUUAGUGAUUGUCAUGCCAAAUGUUGGGGAAAUUGCACUUGUAUUGCUUAUCAGUCUUCAUCUAGAGAUGGGACUGGAUGUCAGUAUUGGAGUAAAGGUUCAAAAUUUACUCCUGAUGAUAAUGCUGAUUUUGUAUACCUUCUUAGUCAUCAAGGCAAGUGA